AAUAAUGUAAAGGUCGAAUAUGAACCUUUUAUCAGUUUUUCUUUUUGGAAGUCAGUGCCAUAUAUCGAAUAGAAAGAGAUAUAUUGAUGGAUAUCUAGAAUGAAAGUUGUUCCCUUUGUGCAGACAUGGGGAUUAGCUGAUAUUUUGCAGAGCUCAAAUGUUGGUAAUUGCAAGAACCAGUGCAAGCCUCCCGGAACUGCGCCAUUACCUGAAGGUAUCAUUGAAAAUACAUCAAACUUAGAGAUGCGACCUUUAUGGGGCUUCCCAGAGAAGGACAAUACUUCUACCAGCUUAUUUGCAGUUGCUGUUGGAAUAAAGCAAAAAGAUCUAGUAGACAAAAUGGUUAAGAUGUUUCUAUCUAGUGAUUUUGUAGUUAUGCUUUUCCAUUAUGAUGGUAUUGUUGAUGAAUGGAAGCAUUUUGAAUGGUGUGAUAAAGUCAUACAUGUUUCUGCACGCAAUCAAACUAAAUGGUGGUUUGCAAAGCGUUUCUUACACCCUGAUAUUGUUUCGGAAUAUAGUUACAUUUUUCUCUGGGAUGAGGACCUUGGAGUUGAACAUUUUCACCCAAAAGUAUAUGUGUCAAUUAUUGAGCAUGAAGGGCUAGAGAUAUCGCAGCCUGCACUUGAUCGUUCUAAAUCAGAGGUACACCAUCAAAUUACUGCACGUGAAAGCAAAUCAAUAGUGCACAGGACAGCUUUCAAACCAGGUGCUAAUGGGAAGCAUUGUGAUGCCCAUAGUAAAGGACCUCCAUGCACAGGGUGGAUCGAAAUGAUGGCCCCUGUUUUCUCGAGAGCUGCCUGGCGUUGUGUAUGGUACAUGAUUCAGAAUGAUUUGAUCCAUGCCUGGGGUAUAGAUAUGCAAGUUGGAUAUUGUGCACAGGGUGAUCGAACCAAAAAUAUUGGUAUUGUGGAUGCUGAGUAUGUAGUCCACCACAAUCGUCCUACUCUAGGGGGCAUAGGUGCAAAAAAUCGCUCUACUGCUGGAGGUCGACGGCUGGACAAGGGUGAUCGAAUCAAAGGUAUUGUUGUGAAUGAUGCAUACAUACUGCGCCACUAUGUUAAAGCAAAGAAAAAAAAGAAACCUCGUCGCCCACAAGAUCCUAGAGUGGAAGUAAGGAGGCAGUCCUACGUCGAGUUGUACUUUUUCAGACAACGAUGGGAGAAAGCUGCGAAGAACGAUAAGUGCUGGGUCGAUCCAUAUCACUAGCAAGAACAUUGACUGCAUUCUCCGAUUUUGUUGGCUCAGGUAAAACUGUGUAAAGUGUUUCAUACAAUUGUGCAUCAUAGUCAUAGGAUGUUGCUAAAUGGGAGGAAGAGAUUAAGCAGGUACUUUUUCCAAACAAAAAUGCGCGAUCCUCGUAUGGAGCUGAGCUCGGUGCCUGCUUCAGUUCAUUUGUUUAUAUUCGAUAUAGGCACCGGAUUAAAUCAUUCGAUUAUUUAGUGGAAUAAAGAGAAUAUAAUGUUUUAUAGGAA